AGUAACGAACGGCUGCGGCCGAGACAGCUAAGGCUCAGGAGGAAGCUCCUACGGAGGAGGAAGAAGGCGAGCUGGGCAAGGCGGGAGGCGGGAGUCGCCAGUGGGACCCUCGCCAUGGGUCCCCGGACCUAGAAUGGCGGAAGCUUCCGGCCCGGAGCCGAGCUGGCCCUUGCUCCUCCCUGUGGCUCCCAUGGCUGAGGACUGGCUGGACUGCCCGGCCCUGGGCCCUGGCUGGAAGCGCCGUGAGGUCUUUCGCAAGUCAGGUGUCACCUGUGGACGCUCAGACACCUACUACCAGAGCCCCACAGGAGACAGGAUCCGAAGCAAAGUUGAGCUGACUCGAUACCUGGGCCCUGCCUGUGACCUCACCCUCUUCGACUUCAAGCAAGGUGUCUUGUGCUAUCCAACCCCCAAGACCCAUCCCGUGACUGUUCCUAGCAAGAAGCGAAAGAAGCCUUCAAAACCAGCCAAGGAUAAGAAACGCCAGGUUGCACCCCAGAAGAAUGAGGUCCGGAAAGAGACCCCAAAGAAUGAGACCAAGACUGCCACUGCUGCAUCGCCACCUUCACUCCCUGCACCUGGGUGCUGUGAGAACUGUGGAAUCAGCUUCUCAGGGGAUGGUACCCGAAGGCAGAGGCUCAAAACAUUGUGCAAGGACUGUCGAGCACAGAGAAUUGCUUUCAACCGAGAGCAGAGGAAGUUUAAGCGUGAGGGCUGUGGGGAGUGCACUGCCUGCCAGGUAACUGAGGACUGUGGGACCUGCACCACCUGCCUUCUGCAGCUGCCCCGUGAUGUCGCCUCGGGGCUGUUCUGCAAGUGUGAGCAGAGACGGUGCCUCCGGAUUGUAGAAAGGAGCCGAGGGUGUGGAGUGUGCCGUGGCUGUCAGACUCGAGAGGACUGUGGGCGCUGCCGAAUCUGCCUUCGCCCUCCCCGCCCUGAUCUCAGGCGCCAGUGGAAGUGUGUCCAACGGCGUUGCCUGCGGCACCUUGCCCGCCGCCUCCGUCGCCACCAUCAGCGUCAGCGGCGCCCUCCAUUAACUGUGGCUCCCCCUGCUAGCAAGCAUGGCCGUCGCAGGGGAGGCUGUGACCCCAAGAUGACUACUCGGCAGCGUUCCCCUCGAGCCCAGCCACUGCCACCACCUCCCCCACCGCAGCCUCCGGAGUCCCCAGAGCUGCACCCCAGAGCCCUGAGCCCCUCGUCACCUGCCGAGUUCAUCUAUUACUGUGUAGACGAGGACGAGCUACAGCCUUACACUAAUAAUCGUCGCCAGAACCGAAAGUGUGGGACCUGCGCGGCCUGCUUACGGCGGAUGGACUGUGGCCACUGCGACUUCUGCUGCGACAAACCCAAAUUCGGGGGCAGCAACCAGAAGCGCCAGAAAUGUCGCUGGCGCCAAUGCCUGCAGUUUGCCAUGAAGCGACUGCUGCCAAGUGUCUGGGCAGAGCCUGAGGAAGGGCCUGAGUCGCCCCCACCCAAUCCUCGUCGAAAGAGGCCCAGCUCUACUCGACGGCCCCGAGUGGUAACAACGAAGCCACCCUUGGUCACACCAGCAAGCCAAGAACACUGUGCACAGACUCCAAUGAAGCAAGAGGCUGGCAGUAGCUUUGUGCUUCCCCCACCUGGCACAGACCUUGUGUUCUUACGGGAGGGGGCAAGCAGUCCUGUGCAGGUGCCUGGCCCGGCCCCAGCUGCCACAGAAACCCUGUUGCAGGUGAAACAAGAGAAAAUGGACACCCCGGAGGACUGGACCCCAGGCACAGCCAUCCUGACUUCUCCUGUGUCUCUGCCUGGCUGCCCCAGCAAGGCAGUAGACCCAGACCUGCCACCUGUGAAGCAGGAGCCACCAGACCCUGAGGAGAACAAGGAAGAGGAGCACAAGACUCACCCUAUUUGCUACUCGGCCCCAGAUGAGGAGGCAGGAGGGGCUGGCACACCUGUGAUCACGGAGAUUUUCAGCCUGGGUGGAACCCGCCUCCGGGACACAGCAGUCUGGUUGCCAAGUCUGCAGGGCAGGCAAUCGAGAAAGGAAGCUGGACGUAAAGUGUGGAAGACCAAGAACACUUUGGCGCCCACGAGCACGAGCUGGAAACCGCAAGGGUGGCGUGGAACCCAUGCCGGUCUCUCACCACCUCCAACUCCGAUAAUGUGGGUGUCCUGCAGAAGAAGCUGGUGCCCCUCCUCACAGAGUUAAAUAUGCAUCUGACCCAGAAAUUAGAAAAGUGGAAGGAAGACCCUGGGGAAGGUGGAGCAGCUGCAGGUCUGGUUGCAGGCCAGACUGCUGCCCACACCAAGGAGGUGAGCCAGCAGAUAAAUGACAACGCGUGUGAACUGCAACAGUGCCUGGUGCCCUGGCACCAACCCUCUUGAGUGUAGAACAGUAUGCUGCUGCUUCGCCUCACCUCUGCCCUCCAGUUAUGUAAAACGUGUCUCACUCUAACCUGAAGUUUUGGGGAUGGGAGUUCUGGGAAGCAUAGCCUAGUCAAGGUGACACUUGACAAAGCCACUCUGCCGUGAAUCUGCUCCCAAGGGCCGCACUACUCAACUGAGGAUAAAUGAUAAAGCUGCAUUUGCUGAAAAUGCAAAACUGAAGACCAUGGAUUUCAUGGUGAUCCCAGCAAGCACAGAAAAUCUGUCAAGCCCACCUGGGGUGGGGGGGGAGGAAGACACUUGCUGGUCUUGGCUAUUUUUAUGUCCCUCGUCAAGUAUUGAGAACCUGACCCAUGGUAGACACUGUACUUAGUACUGGGAUACAGGAAUGAAAAAGAUAUAGUCCAUGAAAUUUUAUUAAAUGCAUUAUUGUGUAUUACAAA